CGCAAGAUUUGCUGUGACGUCACCUCCCACAGCCCCUCCAUCUUUGACGAAGAAGUAGUUCUUAAAACUUGAACAAACUGGACUCCAACGUCUAAUUCGGCGUUUCGACCCGUAUUCGCGAACAAGAGUCGUGCUUUUUAACCGUUCGGUUCCGUAAAAGCAAUUACAGAUAUAUUCUGAAAAAGCGAUUUAGCUUGACGUCUUUCGCAUAGACGGCGUCAGUGAGUGAGUCACUCAUGUCCCACACUUGGAGACUUAACAGUUAAAAAGCGCAGUCCACACUUGUCUCAGAUGGCCGCUCACUGCCGUUCUAAUGCACCAUUUCAUCCCCCGAAAGGCUGACGGUUCCUCGGCCAGUUGCGCCUUCUUUUUAUGAGCCGGGUCGAGGCAAGAGGACAGCGGCGAGGGGUCGCGACGAGGAAGCCGCCAGCAGCUGAGCCGGCCGGGCGUCAGAAUGAGGAUGCCCCGAGGAGGACGCCUGUUUCUGGCGACGUGCCUGGGAUCUCUCGUGGUCCUGGUACUUUACUUCCAGAAUAUCGGCAAGCCCGAACUCAGUGUUGCGAGCAGCAACAGACCAGAGAAAAGCAGGAGAAGUCCAUUGCAGACCCUCUACAGUGGAGACCAGCAGCUGCAGUUGUUGGCUGAUCAGAAGUCGCUUCAAGGUCGCAGGGAGCUGCUGGAGCAGGCUUGUCUGAGUCAUACAAAGAAGCGGCGGGUCCUUUCUCCGGAAGAUCUCAAACACCUCAUUGUGGACGACAAACACAGCCUCAUUUACUGCUAUGUACCCAAGGUGGCUUGCACCAACUGGAAGCGCAUCCUCAUGGUCCUCAACGGCGACGGCCGCUACAGCGAACCCCUCGCCAUCCCCGCCAACGAGGCCCACGUCGCGGGCAACCUGCGCACGCUGUCAGAGUUCUCGGUCCCCGAGAUCAACCGCCGCCUGCGCAGCUACCUCAAGUUCAUCUUCGUGAGGGAGCCUUUCGAGCGCCUGGUUUCGGCUUACCGCAAUAAAUUCACGCGCAGCUACAACACAGCUUUCCACAAGCGCUACGGGACGAAGAUCAUCCGGCGGCACCGCGCCGAUCCGGAUCCCGAGGCCCUGGAGAAAGGGAACGACGUGUCUUUCCAGGAGUUUGUCCAGUAUUUAGUAGACCCUCGGACCCAACGAGAGGAGCCUUUCAAUGAGCACUGGGAGAGGGUGCACUCGCUCUGCCAACCGUGUCUGAUCCACUACGACGUGGUGGGCAAGUACGAGACGCUGGAGCCGGACGCCCGCGCUGUGCUCUCGUUGGCGGGGGUGGAGGACAUAGUUCAGUUCCCAACGCCCGGGAAAAGCACCAGGACUGAUGGCGACAUGGCGGCUCGCUUCUUCAAGCACAUUAGUCCUUUUUAUCACAAGAGACUGUUCAAUCUCUAUCGUAUGGACUUCUUGCUCUUCAAUUACUCAACUCCUGAGUAUCUGAGAACUUGAUGAGAGAGGGGCUUUGAUCUUUGUGAGCUCGACUCUGCUGUUUUCGUGAUGGUCAAUUUGCACUUUUUCAUCACUGUGGACUUAGAAGCUUUCUCUUCGUUGCUGUAUGAUGAGCCUCAUAUGCAGAAAAUUAUUUAAUUUUAUGGUGUCGAUUUACUUGUACUAGGGCUGGGCGACACAGCCUAAAAGUAAAAUCCCCUUAUAACGCCCCCCCCCCCCAAAAAAAAAAUCCGACUGGUGAUAGGAAUCGAUAUCCACCCCACCCCCUUCAAUAAAAGAAAAUGGUAUAAUGGUCUUUUAACCCUUUCAGGGACAGCGGUUACUACAGUGGACAGCUUCAGUUUAUCAGGUUAUUACCUUUUUGUUACAUGUUACAAAAUUAUCUCUGAGGGGGCAUCAAAUGAGAGAGAUCGAUUUCUAGCCGAUAGUAUUCAACCGUGGGAAGUUUAAUUUCAUGCUGCUGCACUGUUUGGUAGACUUCUGGACAGUCUUACUGUGAAGUCCCACCAGCAGAAGUCGGGUAAAAAAACAAAAAACAAACAAAAAAAAAACAUGUGAUGACUUGAUGGGAAUAAACCCCAGGUGAAGUCCAUCUAUCCAUCCAUAUUCUCACACCUAGGGACAAUUUAGAUUGUUGCCAUGCAUAUUUUUGGAAUGUGGGAGGAAACUGCAUUACCCGGAGAAAAUCCAUGCAGGCCCGUGGACAACAUCUAAACUCCAGGGAGGCCGGAGCUGGAAUUGAACGUACAACCUCUGCUCUGUGAGGUCAAUGUGCUAACCACUUGUACCAACGGGCUGCCCCCCAGGUGACGUUUUUAAAGCAAUUGGAUAAGCUAUAGUACAAAACGGAUACAAAGUUAAUUGUUACAGCCGCUAACCAUCAUUAAAGUGGAUCGGUGUGUGGAUGAAUGAAUGUUUUGCAAUGUAUAAAUGGGCACUUGUCUUUGAUGAUUUCAAGUACAAUGGGCUCCAUGAUUGACUUCUGGCCAGGCUCCUUGUGAAAUCAUUUUGCUCAUGUUGUGUGUCUUAGUGGGGGUUCUUACUGUCUUUAGUUUCGACAGCCUUUGAAUAUAGCACUGCUCUCUGUGAGAAUUUAAACAAAUAUAUAUAUAUUUUUGGGGGGGUUGGGGAGGAAAUAAAUAAAUGAUACUAGCCCAAAAGGAAGGACAUCGAUUAAAUCAAUUAAUCGCCCAGCCCUACUUUUUCCAUGGCCCCGUAGUAUUGCUUUCGAACAUCCCAGUCAGCAAAAUUGGUCUGGCCCAGCUCUGGGGCAGACACGGCACGUACACUUGGCCCACAUCCCUCAAUGAAUGACGGUCCUGCAGUGGCCCACGUCUGGCAUCCAUGAUGUGGGUCGCAUUCGGCCCAGAUCUGAGCCGCAUUGUAAAACAAUUUGUGGCCCUACUCCGGCCCGACGCUGGGCCAGAACAGGUUCCUGAUAUCAGCCUGAAUUCAACCUCAACUAAGCCACAUCUUUCAUGACCCAUAUUUGACCCACAUUAAAAAAAGUCUCAAAAACGACUGUUAUAAAAA